AGAGGGAUCGGCGGGCAGUGCACGCGGCGCUGUACAGUAAGUAUUCGGCCCCCGCUGUGCGCGCCCCCGUGCAGGAAGCAGUCCCGUGCCCCGGAGUCACUCCGCCCGCCGGACCGAGCACACCGCCCGCCAGCCACGCUCCCCCACGGCCGCUGCUGCAGACGGAGCUGUCCGGGCGGGGCGCGGCCCUCGGAGAUGGGGGCGGGUUUACAGUCCGCCCUGGGAGACUGAGCGCUGCCUGCUGGCCGCCUUGGGGGAGCACUGACAGCGAGCGCACAGCAUGGAGCACACCGCACCACCGGCACAGCGCCGAGCGGCCAAUGGCAGCCUGGGGGAAACCUGCAGCAAUGUCCGCCAAUCACCGGGCAGGACUGGGGCACCGGGACUGGCAGACAGCACCGAGCAGGUCCCGACAGAUCAAAAUGAUACAACAGCAGAACUCUUAAUAGACGACUACAAAAAAAUGGGGACACUGUUUGGAGAACUCAAUAAGAUUCUGGUUGGAGCAGGUUUUUCUCGGAUGUACUUUGGUGAAAGGACUGUGGAACCGGUGCUUGUGUUGUUUUUUGCCGUCAUGCUGUGGUUCCUUGGUUUGCAAGCUCUAGGACUGGUAUCAAUACUAUGCCUUGUUAUUCUUCAUAUACAGAAAUAGAGCAAAGCACAUUAUUUUGCGUAAAGCUAUUGUUUUUAUGUAAAGUUAUUGUAUUUAAAAGAUGUAUUUGUUUUUAACAGAAAGGCACAAGCAAUAUUGUAACUGGUCCUCAAAUGCCAAUGCUAAACUCACUGUCCAGUAACAGAUUUACAUUUGGUGAAUGGACAAUUAAAUCUAUUUAAAAAAAAAUGUUUAAAUAUAAGAGUGAAGACUUUGAUACUUUUUAUAUUCACUUAGCGUCCGUAAUACAUGUGUAAGCAAAAAAAAAAGUAACCAAUUGUAAAACAGAAUUGCUAUUGGUGGCAUAUUUUUUUUUUUUUUUUUUUUAUUCUGUUUAUUUUACAAGCCAAAUAACAGAUUAGUACCCAAACACCUGUUUCUCUGUCUGGUGCAUGAUUUCCUGUGUGUGUAUACCUGGUCUUCCAUUACUAAAAUUAUUAUGCUGCGA